AUGGCAGAAGAUCUUGAAAAGUUACCAAAUGGUAGAAUUACAAAUGAUUACCUCAGAAAGUUGUGUAAAAGCAAGGGUGGAUACAUGACCGAACACUUAAAUGAUAAACUCUACCUACAACAUAAGGGUGUGUCAAAAAUUGAAAAUUUGGAAAAGUUUACCGGAGUGAAGGUUCUUUGGUUGGAAUCCAAUGCUAUUCAUGAAAUUCAAGGAUUGGAGGAAAAUAAGGAAAUCUCUUGUUUAUAUCUUCAUGAAAAUUGUAUUGAGGAAAUUAAAGGAAUUUUCCAUUGCACAAAGCUUCAUACACUGAAUUUGUCUUCAAACUUUAUUACACAUAUUCCGGAAGAGUUGGGACUGAACUGUACAAAUAUUCAAACAUUGGAUUUGAGCACAAAUGCAUUGAAAACAAUUGAUUCUGUGAGAGGUCUUCGUUAUUUAACAUCAUUGAACAUUUUAGAUCUGAGUAAAAACAAAUUGUUUGAGGAGUUGACCAAUGGAAUGGACUAUGAGCAAACAAUUGAGGAAUUUUUAACUAUUCUCAAAUCAAUCAAGGAUUUAAGAUUAUUGAGACUGGAGGGAAAUGAAAUGCUUAAGAAGAUUCCUAAUUAUAGAAAGAAGAUCAUUGGAAGUUUACCAAGUUUGACCUAUCUGGAUAGUAUGCCAAUUUUUGAUGAUGAAAGAAGAACAGUGACUGCUUGGAUGAAAGGAGGCCUUGAUGCUGAAAGAGAGGAACGAAAGAUAAUGGCUCAAGAAAAGAAAGAUAAAGAGAGAAGAAAUUUUGAAGCAUUUGAACAAUUAAUCCAACAAUCAAAGAAGGAAGAAAAGGAGAAGGAAUCAAAAAUUGAGAGGGAACAAGUCGAAAAGAAGGUUGAAGAACAAAAAGAAGAGGAGGAAUUAGAAAUAAUUGAAGAUGUUCCUAUCCGACACAUGUCAUGCCAGAUUGAAGAGUUAGUUCUUGAGGAUAUCACAAACGAGGAAGACACACAAGAAACAAAACAAGAUUUAAUUUCGAGCCCUCAAAAUUUGGCAACCCAAGAGGUCUCUAAGGCUCAAGAAAUAGUGGUGAACAUGUCUGAAGAGACUGUUGGUGACAGCUUAUUUGAUAUUGAGUAA